AUGUGGCGCACAUCAUGCGCGGCGCGCUCGAAGGGACUAUCCCCCUAUGCGCAGGCGCUGAAGCAGGUGGCGCUCAAAGGUGUCGUAGCGAUAGGCCCCAGUGCAAAGGAGAUGGAGAUCGAUAUGUACAGGAGGGGAACGCUCCCUGCCGACUACCGACCACCUGUGCAAGGCAAAUGGGAUGACACCAUUGAGCGUUGGGCCUAUGCAUGGCAGUUUCCAGCCGAGGAGGAGGGUGACGACGUGGUUACCUCGGUGGAAAAGAAUGACAAGGCUAUGCAAGACCUACUCGAGUUCGGGUCUCGCCUUGCGAGCUCGCCACCGUCAACGGUACCCAAGUCGGGCCGCCACUCCACCACAUACACAGUGCCUCUGUCUGCGACUGAGCAGCUGCACCUCCUGGUGCCUUCGCAGAAGUAUGACGUGCUGGAGGACGACCUCAACGAUCUGAGUGGCACUCCGGAUGAAAAGACGCGGCCAGUGAUGGCGGUGGAGCAAUUCUCGGAAGAGAUGAACAUUCCGAUAGCCUACCUUGAUGACGAGUCGGAACGCACAAAUGCUAGCAAAGAGUUGAGUGUCAUCAUGAGCGGUGCAGGUUUGGAUUUCACCGAGGAGGGCCUUGUGGUCGCCCUCUCUGCUCUUGCUAGGCAGCACUACUACGAUGCGGCACGCGCCAUUUUCCUCUUUGCCGCCGAGGUGGGUCUUGGGCCUAACGCGGAGAUGUACAAGGCGCUAAUGAAGCACUCGUCUUCACAAGGAAAGGUGAAUGACUCUAUGGCGCUCAUCGAGGAAAUGAAGACGCGCGGCAUCACGCCACGCAUUGGCAACUGGCACGAGCUCAUGCGCUCGUUCCACAACGCAGGGGACUACUCCGCCGUGGCGCAGAUUGUCGACAACAUGAAAAUGUACGCGAAUAUUGAGCCAAAUGAAGUUACCUUUGCCCUGCAGCUGCGUGCGUUAAGCAAGGACACAUUGCAGAUGAACUCCCUGGCGGAGUCGAUUCAGCUCUUUGACCAAAUGGAGAACGUGUAUGGCUUCAUCGCUGCACGGCCACACUACGACGCGCUCAUGUUCUCCUUAAGCCAGAGCCCGCUUCCAGAAAUGCGACUCCGCUGCGAAGAGCUGGCGCAGAAGAUGGAGCUCAUGGGCAUUCCCUGGAACGCCACGACAUUUCUUAACCUGAUCCGCGCAUCGCAGGUUGUCGGUGAUGUCGACGCGGUGGAGCGGUACCUCGCAAAAAUGCGCGACGACCGUGUUCCGGUCAGCAUGCUUCACCUUUCCUGGGCUGUUCAGGCGCACGUGCAGCGUCUCAUCCGUGCCGACUACGAGCAGAUGAAGGAGCAGAAGAACGACAUUUACGCCAUGUGGCUCGAGCAUAUGAACACCUGCUUCGGCAUAUACGAGCUGGUGGUGCGCCGCGGGUGGGAAAUGCAAGUCCCUUUUGUAAAUGCUCUUCUGCGUCUAUGCUGCCAGACGACGAUUCUGAGCAUCGAGCAUCUUCCCGACAACGCGAGCGCGAUCGGUAAGUUUGAGGAACAGGCAAACAAGAUCUGGGCCGACACGUUCGACGAGUGGCACCUUAAAAAGGAUGUGUACAGCUACGAGUGCUAUAUCGCUCUGCUCGCCCACCAGCAGCGCAUCAACGAGGCGGAGAAGCUGUUCCAGCAGAUGGUCCUGCAGGAGGACUUGGUGCCCAGCCGACGGACCUAUGAAUGCCUCAUCUUCAUGCAUCUCUCCUCUGGUGAAGAGGGCGGCGCCGCGCGGGCGUUGCACUACCUGGAGGCAAUGGAAAAUGCCAGGCUUCCGGUACGUGCGUCGCUUCUCAAGAAGAUUGUCCGCGUGAACAAUGCUGCCGGGUACAAGCGAGACAUGAAACGACGGGCACGUCGCAUCAUGCAAGCCCGUGAGGAGUACCUUUCGCGGAGGCAGGAGGGAAUAGAGUUUCCAUUGCAGCCCUCGCCAGCGGUGGCGGUUGUCCCCGCGGAAGGAGAAGCAGAAAUGGUUGCGCAGCCUCUACCCGUUCCCGCUGACACAACGCUGGCAUGGUGGGAGCAGUGGAAAAAGAUGACAGUUAGCAAGCACGAGCUAUUCGCCGAGGAGAACGCUGAUGGCACGCCGAAGGGCGAGACGUUUGAUGAGAAGAACGCCGCCCUCGCGCAGUUAGGCAUCAACUCCGCCUUCAAGACUCCUGCUGAUGUUCCGGCGCUGAACAAGCAACAGCUUCUACCGAAGAUACGGCAGCAGGAGGGGGAGGUUGCUGGUAGCUUGUGGGCGCUGGACGGCGGUGAGCUCGCUUACCCAAAGAAUGGGGGUGGCCCAGAUGGCUGGGGGGUGCGACUCUGGCGCGAGCGUGCGGUUGUAAAACAGGCGUACCAGGCUGUUCUGGACGGCAAAGCAGCGGUGCCGGACUUCUCUGAGAUGGGUAAGGCAGUGCGGGUGGCAGGUGACCAGCUAGACAUUGAAGAGAGCGGGGCCACCAACCCCGGCGAGCUGGCAGAUUGGCGGAAGUACCCGCAGCAUCGAUACGACGACGGCAGCAUGAAGCCAGUGAGUGAAAUAGCGCACGCGGUGCCGCCGUCGGCUGAGUUUGUGUGGCAAGGAGAACAACGAGACUCGUUAGCACCAUACAAAAGCGAUGCAGAGAUCGCGCUAGAGUCGGACAACACUUUCUACGCGCAAGUGAACGACGAAGCUACAAGUAAGACGAAAGCCCUCGUUGAGGUUCUACAGAACAAGGAGGAGGACGUGGUGAAACUGACCAGUCAAGGCCCCACACGCAAGUCCAAAUACGACUACCUGGAGAAGUGGCGUGAUAUGUACCGGCACGGCACUCUCGAGGCACCAGAAGCCCCCACGCUUCGCUUUGGCCGUUCGCCGGACGACCAUCAUGACUCCCUCGCAUCCAGUGUGCGAGACUGGUACCGACGCAACAAGAAGACCCCUGCCACACAGGCGCAGCUGCAGCGUUGGGAGGCAGAGGAGGUGCGGAGCAGUGAGGAGCGCUCGUCGAAAAAGGCCCUGCAGCGAAACAAAAGCCGGCGACAGCGCCCUCGGUGA